AUGCCGUAUCAUGCCGUGGGUCUGACCCCUGACCCCUGCUUCACUGAGCUGCAUUCAGGAGGUCAUGGUCUCCUGUACCUAUGUCCCAGCCUCCUGUACCUAUGUCCCAGUCUCCUGUACCUAUGUCCCAGUCUCCUGUACCUAUGUCCGAGUCUCCUGUACCUAUGUCCCAGUCUCCUGUACCUAUGUCCCAGUCUCCUGUACCUAUGUCCCAGUCUCCUGUACCUAUGUCCCAGCGUCCUGUACCUAUGUCCCAGCCUCCUGUACCUAUGUCCCAGCCUCCUGUACCUAUGUCCCAGUCUCCUGUACCUAUGUCCCAGCCUCCUGUACCUAUGUCCCAGUCUCCUGUACCUAUGUCCCAGUCUCCUGUACCUAUGUCCCAGUCUCCUUCCUGUACCUAUGUCCCAGUCCUCCUGUACCUAUGUCCAGCCUCCUAUGUACCAGUCCUGUACCUAUGUCCCAGUCUCCUGUACCUAUGUCCCUCAGCGUCCUGUACCUAUGUCCCAGCCUCCUGUACCUAUGCCUCCCAGCUCCUGUACCUAUGUCCCAGUCUCCUGUACCUAUGUCCCAGUCUCCUGUACCUAUGUCCCACCUAUGUCCCAGCCUCCUGUACCUAUGUCCCAGUCUCCUGUACCUAUGUCCCAGUCUUCCUGUACCUAUGGUCCCAGUCUCCUGUACCUAUGUCCCCAUGUCCUGUACCUAUGUCCCAGUCUCCUGUACCUAUGUCCCAGCAGUCCUCCUGUACCUAUGUCCCAGCUCCUGUACCUAUGUCCCAGUCUCCUGUACCCUAUGUCCCAGCCUCCUGUACCUAUGUCCCAGUCUCCUGUACCUAUGUCCCAGUCUCCUGUACCUAUGUCCCAGUCUCCUGUACCUAUGUCCCAGCCUCCUGUACCUAUGUCCCAGUUCUCCUGUACCUAUGUCCCAGUCUCCUGUACCUAUGUCCCAGCCCCAGUCCUCUCCCAGUACCUAGUCCUGUACCUAUGUCCCAGUCUCCUGUACCUAUGUCCCCCAGCCUCCUGUACCUAUGUCCCAGUCUCCUGUACCUAUGUCUCCUGUACCUAUGUCCAGUCUCCUGUACCUAUGUCCCAGUCUCCUGUACCUAUGUCCCAGUCUCCUGUACCUAUGUCCCACCUGUACCUAUGUCCCAGUCUCCUGUACCUAUGUCCGGUCUCCUGUACCAUGUCCCAGUCUCCUGUACCUAUGUCCCAGCCUCUCCUGUACCUAUGUCCCAGCGUCCUGUACCUAUGUCCCAGCCUCCUGUACCUAUGUCCCAGCCUCCUGUACCUAUGUCCCAGCCUCCUUCUCCUGUACCUAUGUCCCAGUCUCCUGUACCUAUGUCCCAGCCUCCUGUACCUAUGUCCCAGUCUCCUGUACCUAUGUCCCAGUCUCCUGUACCUAUGUCCCAGCCUCCUGUACCUAUGUCCGAGUCUCCUGUACCUAUGUCCCAGUCUCCUGUACCUAUGUCCCAGCCUCCUGUACCUAUGUCCCAGUCUCCUGUACCUAUGUCCCAGUCUCCUGUACCUAUGUCCCAGUCUCCUGUACCUAUGUCCCAGUCUCCUGUACCUAUGUCCCAGUCUCCUGUACCUAUGUCCCAGUCUCCUGUACCUAUGUCCCAGCGUCCUGUACCUAUGUCCCAGUCUCCUGUACCUAUGUCCCAGCGUCCUGUACCUAUGUCCCAGCCUCCUGUACCUAUGUCCCAGUCUCCUGUACCUAUGUCCCAGUCUCCUGUACCUAUGUCCCAGCGUCCUGUACCUAUGUCCCAGUCUCCUGUACCUAUGUCCCAGUCUCCUGUACCUAUGGUCCAUUUUUGACCAUAACGUCCUGGUUCUUCUCGUUCCCUUUGAAACAGUGCAGCGUCUUUGUGCGGCUGAUAAAGGAUGCCCCCCCCCUCACAGACCCCCCCUCACAGACCCCCCCUCACAGACCCCCCCUCACAGACCCCCCCUCACAGACCCCCCCUCACAGACCCCCCCCUCACAGACCCCCCCUCACAGACCCCCCCUCACAGACCCCCCCUCACAGACCCCCCCUCACAGACCCCCCUCACAGACCCCCCCUCACAGACCCCCCCUCACAGACCCCCCCUCACAGACCCCCCUCACAGACCCCCCCUCACAGACCCCCCCUCACAGACCCCCCCUCACAGACCCCCCCUCACACCCGCGGGGCUUUCGUAGAAGUGCAAAUAGCAGCAGUAGGAGACGUGCUCGGGGCUGUCCCUGCGGGUCUUCGGUCCGAGCCUCUCCUAAUUACCCCCUCCCCAACUUUGGCCAGGUCCAAACUCCAGCCUCACCGCAUUCCCACAGCCCGGCACCUGGCCUUCCUUUCUCCUGGCCCUGGCUUUGA